UUAACAAAUUUAGUUAGGUUUAGUUUUCAACUUUUGAUGUUGACCACACACCCAGCCUAGUUCCAGCGGUAGAAAACUAAGCUUUUUCAGUUCCAUCAAUCUCGGAAUGAAUCUGUGAUACUCUCACUCUCACGGAGUUCAAAGCUCUGAUCUUUCAUCAUCCAUGGCGUUGUUCUCUCUCUUGAACCGCAACCAAUGUUCAAUUUUUCUUGUUCUUCUUCUCUUACACAGUAUUAUGUACAAACCCUCUUGCCAAACUCGAGGGGUAUUAGGGUACACCAGCAACUGUGGGGAGCACGUGGUGCAGUCUCAGUGCUCUCGGAACACAAGAUGCAGUUGGUGUACCAGCGAGGUUCUUGAUGACAUGUGCUUCACUAAAGCUGAAGCGUGGAGGUUGCCCCACCAAGUUUACUCUUGUAGGUUGAUCCGUGCCGGAAGCUAUGGAGUUUCUUCAACCAACAAGACCGCAGUCGAAAACAAUGUAAUGGAGAAAGACAGCAAGAAAUUUCGUUUGAGCACUCGAUUAUCAGUUUCAACUAGUUGGGGGAUUAUCAUGCGGAACAGUGGAGGAUUAAUGUUCCUUAACAUUAACAAGUUACAACUUAGCAGUGAUAGACAACAAAAUCUGCCAAAUUCCGUUUCAGUCAUGGGUGUGGUUGUGACUUAAUAUGGCAAAAAUCUGAAAUAAAUUGCAAUGAUUUGAAGUAA